UGUAAGAUCCGUUAGAGUGUUUAGUACAUAGUAGACAUGGUAGGAAUUUUAGCGGUUCUAACUCUCAUUUGUGUUGGUAUAUUUGAUGAGUUGGAAAUAUUUAUAAUUUCACCGUUUGUGUAAGUUUUUUAAAUAUAUGGAUCAUUAUAGAAGACGGAGCCCGUCGAGGAAAGGAGGUAGCAGUUGUCAUGGCAGGGAUCGAAGCACAUCAUCAGAAAAAUGUAAAAGUGAAAACAAAAAACGCCAUCAUAUUUCCCCCACCUGGUCUGGUAGUAAUAACAGAUCGGGUAGGAGGGACAGAGAUAGAAAAUCUCCACCAAGGGAGAAGUCACACAAAAAGGCUAAGAAGCAUAAGCAGAGAAGAAGGUCUCCAACAGAUGACAGUGACUCAAGUUCCUCAGAUACGGACUCAUCAGAUGAUUCUGUGAAGUUGCUGCAGAAAUUGAAGGAAGAGAGAAUCCGUCACGCAGAAGAACGUAGAAGGCAGAAGGAAUUACUGAAGGCUACGGAAACACCAGAAGAAAAACGGUUGAGGAGACUGCUAAAGAAAGAGGCCAAGGAACGCAAAAGAAAAGAACGUAUGGGCUGGGAUAAUGACUACCUUCACUAUACGAACACGGACAAUCCUUUUGGAGAUGGUAACUUGUUAUCCACUUUUGUGUGGUCCAAGAAGCUGGAAAAGGAAGGUCUGACAGGAGUGAGCAGAGAAGAACUGGAAGUUCGCAAUCGCCAGAAGCAAGAGGAGAACCGCAGGGAACUGGAGAAGGUGAAGAAACGCAGGCAGGAGCGUGAACUGGAGCGGCAACAACGUGAGGAAGAGAUGUCGCUGAUGCAACGCAGCAAAGAGGCAGCCCAGUUCCAGGAGUGGGAGCGACAGGAGGACCAGUUCCAUUUGGAGCAGGCCAGAUUGCGCUCCUGCAUCCGCAUCCAGGAUGGACGAGCUAAGCCAAUUGAUCUGCUGGCUAAGUACAUCAGUGCAGAGGGUGAAGUGGAUGCCGUGGAAAUGCACGAACCAUAUACGUACCUUAAUGGCCUGACCAUCAAGGAUUUGGAGGACUUGAUUGAGGACAUAAAGGUGUACAAAGAGCUGGAACGGGGCAAGAACCUGGACUACUGGAAUGAUAUCACUGUUAUUGUGGAAGAUGAAUUGCAUAAACUGCGCAAACUAGAAAAACAGAGCGCGUAUGAAGCAGCGGUUGGCAGACGUGAAGGGAUUCAUCAGUCUGUUGCCAAGGAAGUUGCGUCAGUCUUCAAAGGCAAAACUGCUGCUCAGUUGGAGGCACUGCAGCUGCAGAUCGAGAUGAAGAUCAGUGGGAAACCUGAAGGUGUCGACAUUGGGUACUGGGAGUCUCUGCUGUCUCAGCUGAAAGCUCACAUGGCGAGGGCACGCCUUCGAGACAGGCAUCAAGACAACUUGCGUCAUAAGCUCGAGAUGCUGAAGGCCCAGCAAGGGGUGGCAGCAACUGGCAGUGAGGAAGAGACAGGCAAUGGGGUAGAGACAACAGUUAAGAUAGAGCGAGACACUAUCAGCGAGGCAGUGAGCAGUGAAUCUUCAGGCAGUGAGAAGGAGGAGAGAGGGGAUGAAGUCGCAGAGGGCAAUUUAAUGGCAGAUGCCAUGUUAUCUGAGAGCUUUGCGGAUUAUGAGUCCGGGGGCUACAGUCCACAGUACCUGAGCCAGUCACAGCUGGAUCCAGGUACGCUAGUGAUGAAUGAGGAGGAUGACCUGCAGAGGCUGAUGUUUGCCAGGAUGCAGGUCCUGGGCACCGGUAGUCGUGUUGAGAGUGUGAUGGCUGCAGAAGAACAAGCUCUACAGAGAGAGGCCAGGAAAGGGAUGACCGCAGAUGAGGCCGAAUUCUCUGUGGAAACGGCACUUGACAGCCAAGUGUAUCUGUGGUCGGACAAAUACCGGCCUCGUAAGCCUCGAUACUUCAAUCGGGUACACACUGGUUUUGAAUGGAACAAGUACAAUCAGACCCACUACGAUAUGGACAACCCUCCCCCAAAGAUCGUCCAGGGUUACAAAUUCAACAUAUUCUAUCCAGAUCUAAUUGAUAAGAACACAACUCCCGAGUACUUCCUGACACCAUGCCCUGACAACAAGGAUUUCGCGAAUCUGCGUUUUCACGCUGGCCCACCUUAUGAAGACAUAGCUUUUAAGAUAGUGAACCGUGAGUGGGAGUACUCCUACAAACGAGGGUUUCGCUGUCAGUUCCAUAAUAACAUCUUCCAGCUAUGGUUUCACUUUAAGAGAUACCGCUACCGACGGUAGUCUCUUACUGGAUAUAUAUAGCAAGGUGUAGAGCCAGUCCUUCACCUUUACAUACCGUCUGCAUCUUCAUUGACUUUUAAUAUCAUUCGUCAGAGAAACCAUUCAUAUGGUAUAUAAAUGCAUAUAAAAGUAUGCAGUCUACACAAUAUUCUGUUUUUAAAAAACAAAGUAGACACUCUCGUGUCAACAUUUGUUUUUAUUGACACUGCACGUUUUGACCCUUAUACUGGGUCAUCAUCUGGCAUACAAUGACACCAGUCUCAGUCAUCGAACUGCAUCUCUACUAUUUGCAUCUAAUUCAGUAAUAAUCCUUAGUGUGCUCUUGUGAGUUUUAAAUGCAUAAAUUGAAUCUUUCAGUUAAAAUUUAAAGUUCUUAGAUAAUAAAAUUUAAAAAUUAAAGACUGAAGAUUAAAACAUAAAAAUUAAAAUUGUACAGAAAUGGAAAUGAAAUAUUUUGUGAUAAAUCUGUUCAAAACUUUGUGACCGCUAUGUGUUGACGUGAUUUUCUGGUGGUAGAAGCGAGUAUAGUGUGGGGCACCUAUGUAUGGGGAUCUCACAUGAGUUAGGUCGUGUGGUCUUGACCUUACUAUCCUCUUGUGGAGCUUAUGCUCGUUAAUCUGUAUGUCACCCAACAUGUUGUUUAUUUGGAGUAAUCUGGAACAGUUUUUUAAUUAUUAUAAGACAAAGCUUGUGAGUUUAUUGUUAUUGAACUUGCUAUUGUUAGGUUAUUUAGUAUAUGUGCUUAUGUAUAUUAGAUUUUCUUACAAUGAUCUGUGUACGGGCUUCUCACCCUCUUGUUCAUAUAAGUAUAAGAAUGUACAUUGGUUCUCUGUGAAGUACAAAAGUUAUGUAAAUCAAAAUAGCUCUAUAUGUAAUGAAAUCCAGUAUCGCUACCUUCUCAUCGUUGUCUUGUAAAGACUGAAUUCUUCUAUGCAUUGCAGCUCCAAAACCAAUAAAAAUAAAGUUGUCCAUGUGUUUAUAUAACCCUUCACUGCGUAGCUUUGCAUAUCUGCAAA